UACAACUUCCUGAUCAAGUUUUAUAAUUUUACUGUCAAUCUCAGACACUGCCAUUAAAUUUUAUUAUAGACCUGUGUUAAAAGACAUCAAAUUUCAUUUUAUUGAUUCCCGAAAACCAUGACGGCGGCAAAGGAUGAGAGUUUCGUCCCGGAAAGAGACUUUCCCGAAGUUCACAAGAUGUGCAAACUAUUCGUGCCCUCGGAGGAUGAUCUUGAGAAGAUCAUGCAGUUGAUGGACCGCGAGAUCACGAUGGGUCUGACCCGCGAGGGCCAUGAACGCUCCACGGUGCCCUGUAAGCUGAGCUACGUGACGGACCUGCCGAAUGGCCGGGAACGUGGCCAGUUCCUGGCCCUCGAGAUGAUGCCGACGAACUGCCGGAUUAUGUUGGUGAAAUUUAGCAGCGAACGGGAUGUCUAUACCAGUUCCAAGUGUGUGAUCAUGCCGCAUACCGUGGCAGCGGGCAAGGGCACCGAGGUGUUUAACUUCCUGGCCUCCAAUAUUGCCACUUUCGUGAAGGAGAAGAAAGUGGAGAAAGAAAAUAUGCCCCUGGGCAUUGCAUUUGCGUUUACACUGAACAAAACAGCCCUGGAUGCGGGCACCCUUGUCUCCUGGACCAAGGAGUUUGGUGCUACCGGUGCCAUUGGCAAGGAUGUGGUCCAGUUACUUCGGGAGGCAUUGGCCAAAUUUCCAGAAAUAUCCGUUGAUGUAAUGGGAAUUAUCAAUGUCGCAGCUGGCUCGCUUCUGGCCCUUUGCUGGGCCCAGCCAGAUACCCGAAUGGGUCUCAUCAUGGGCAGUAUUGCCAAUUCCUGCUACGUGGAGAAAAUAGAGAAGUGCGACUUGUACCAGGGAGAUCCUUUCAAGAAAAUAAUGAUUAUAAAUUCAGACUGGGCGCAUUUCGGAGACGGCGGCCAACUGGAUUUUAUACGCAAUGAAUUCGACCGCCAGCUGGACGCCGAGUCCAUAACUCCGGGCCUGAGAAUCUAUGAGAAGUUCAGCGGAGCCCUCUGCCUGGCGGAGCUCGUCAGGAUUGUGGUCCUUCGGCUGAUGAAAAUGGGCGUCAUUUUUGAAGACGGUCGUCGUGACUACAUUGGCAUUCAGUGGAAAAUGGACAUGGUCUCCCUGAUCGAGAUCGAGUCAGAUCCGCCAGGGGUUUACACCAGGGCGCAGGAGGUGAUGGACAAGUUCAAGAUCCGCCACUGCUCGGAGAAGGAUCUGGCUGCUUUGAAGUACAUCUGCGCUACCAUUUCCAAUCGUGCUGCCAUGGUGGUGGCCAGUGGAGUGGCCGCCCUCAUCAAUCGCAUGAAGAUGCCCCAGAUUUCCAUAGCCGUUGACGGAGGCAUCUAUCGCCUGCAUCCAACAUACGCAACUGUCCUGAACAAGUACACUAAACUUCUCGUGGAUCCGCACUACAAGUUCGAGUUUGUGAUCACCCAGGAUAGCUGCGGGGUGGGGGCAGCCAUAAUGGCGGGAAUGGCCCAUGCCCAGAAGUACAAAACGGAUGCGAAGCUCUUCGAAAUGGACUACUAGGAUCUCAAUUGUAACAGAUUAGUUUACACAGUAAAUUUGCUUUCUACCUUUAAA